UAUAACUGUAUUGACAUCCGUCUCACACGAUCGUGUCAUAUCUUACAGCUGUUAAACAGACUUGCUCAGCCUUUGUAGCAGCUUUUAAUUCAUUUCUCCCGCAGCUGCUGGUGUGCGGUGAGGAGGCUGUUGCCUUACAUGAAGAGCGGGCUGUAGGAGCUCAGCAGCCGGAGAGGAGAGAUGAUGACCGGGCUGCUGUUGGCGUUUCUCUGGGGGCUGCUGGAGGUCUGCAGCGGCGUUUCAGCCAACAGGGGAGGGUAUCCCUCAUUUACCGAUGAAAUCCCUUUCAAAAUCACCUGGCCGGGCGCUGAAUUUACGCUGCCAACUUCAGGUGCACCUUACAGUGAGGAAGACUUUGUCAUCAUGACAACAACUGAGAAGGAGAAGUACAAAUGUCUCCUCCCUUCACUGACCACUGGAGAGGAGGAUGACGAUAAGGAGUACGGCGGGCCCGAGCCGGGCGAACUGCUCGAGCCGUUGUUCAAACGAAGCAGCUGCUCCUACAGGAUUGAAUCAUACUGGACGUAUGAAGUAUGUCAUGGAAAGCAUGUGAGGCAGUACCAUGAAGAGAAGGAGACUUCUCAGAAGAUUAGUGUACAAGAGUACUUCUUGGGAAAUAUGGUGCAGAAGAGCCAUUCAGCAGAGACAGACCAAGUUGAUAAGACAGACAUCAAACCAUCAGAAACCAAAGUGCCCACUAAGAAUAUUGAAGGCCAACUGACUCCGUACUUCUCAGUGGAGAUGGGAAAUGGGACUCCGUGUUUGCUGAAACAGAACUACCCUCGUUCCACAUCUGUGUUGUACGUCUGCCAUCCAGAGGCCAAGCACGAGAUCUUGUCUGUCGCUGAGGUCACCACCUGCGAAUAUGAGGUGGUGGUGCUGACACCUCUGCUUUGUGCACACCCAAAAUACAGGUUCAAAUCCUCUCCAGUGAACGCCAUCUUCUGCCAGGCUCUGGCGGGCUCACCUCUGCGGCCUCAGCGGCUCGCCCAGUUGGACAAGGAGCAAGAGGAGCAGCUUAAACCACCUUUCGGCGCCACCUCUGAGGCCAGAGAGGAGGAGACAUCAGCAGUUAGAGAAGAAGCCUUCACCUCCACCCACAAACCCAUGACUGUCGGAGGGCAGUCUCAGGUCACUGUCGGUACCACGCACAUCUCUCGCUUGACAGAUGACCAGCUAAUUAAGGAGUUCCUGAGUGGCUCGUACUGUCUGCAUGGGGGGGUAGGAUGGUGGAAAUAUGAAUUCUGUUAUGGAAGGCAUGUCCAUCAGUACCAUGAGGAUAAAGAGCAAGGGAAAAACAUUGUGGUGGUGGGGAACUGGAAUGCAGAGGAGCACAUUGACUGGGCCAAGAAGAACGUCGCCCGAUCCUACCAGCUCAGGGAUGACGGAGUGCAGAAAGUCAAGUUGGUUUCCCACUUCUAUGGCCACGGUGAUGUGUGUGACCUGACAGGGAAGCCCAGGCAGGUCAUCGUCAAGCUCAAAUGUAAGGAGUCCGAGUCUCCCCAUGCUGUCACUGUCUAUAUGCUGGAGCCUCAGACUUGUCAGUAUAUCCUUGGGGUUGAGUCUCCAGUCAUAUGCAGGAUUCUCGACACCGCUGAUGAAUACGGACUUCUGUCAAUCUCCAGUUAAACUGACAUUAAACGGCAGCGGCGCACAGAGGUCAUAAAGGAUGAGGACACUUAGUAAACAAGAUGCCCUUAAGACUGCGCUACAACCCAAAACUGAGGAUAAACUUGAUCCUGAGGCUGGACCUCAUGUAGCCCAGGAGCACAGGCCCAGCCCAUGCCCCUGACCUGUGCAGUGGAUGAUGAUGAUGAUGAUACAUCAGCCAAAUCUAACUUGAUUCAGAGUCAGGCAGUGGAGUCAUUGCCUGAAUUUCACAUCUAUGCUUCUCUUUGUGAUGAUUGAUUGCAAGCAAAGGGAUGACGAAUCAUCAGGGGGAUUAACAAUAUUCACGGUAGUUUUAUUGUCUGUAUGUAUGUAUGUGUAUGUGUGUGUGAUAUGAAAUGAUUAGCUGCUUGACUGUGGCACUUUUUACUUGUAGAUAUGGGGGGGGUCUAAAAAUGCUUUGCGGCAAAGAGACUGUGCUGUGUGAGUGUAACUUAUGCAUUAGAGAUUGCUGUGGCAUAACAAUAAAAUUGAGUGUUUGAUUAAAGGUUGUAGGAUGUA